AUGGUCCGCAUCAUUAGAAGAAAAGGCCACAACACCAUACCUGACUUUGUCAGUCAGUAUUUUCCCCGACGAGAUGAUCCUGAUGAGCACGAGUACUACUGUGCAUCAAUGCUGCUCCUGUUCAAGCCUUGGCAUCAGGUUUGGGAUCUGAAAGGAGAGUUGCUGACAUGGCAGGAAGCACUCAGAUACUUCAGCCAGCAAGCGUCUGAUGUCACGCUCGCACAGAUGUCAAAUAUCGAGCACUACCACAAGUGCAAGAAUGCA